AUGUCUCGCCAGGACCACGUGUCGAGCGCAAGCAAGACCGAGGCGUACUAUCUAAAAUUGAACAACCUCCCUCCCCACACCCGGUGGCAGGAUCUCGAGGCCUUUGUGUCACAGACCUGCGAAGUCGACCGCGUUUUUAUCGUCCCCAGAACGGGCCAGGGAUGGGUUUGUGUUAAGCACAAGCAUAAUUUUCUAAAGGCAUACGAAUGCCUGCACCAUGGCAAAUUCAGGGGCCAUACACUCUUUGUCUCCGAGCAUAACAAGGACGGUCCGAUCUUCAUCAGGCUGCCUCUUGAUGACGACGAUACAGACCGAGGGAGGACUGAUGCGCCAAAGUUUACCAUCAGCACCCUCAUUGAAGCGCUAUCCAGCAACACGUUGAGGGAGCUGGCUAGCGCACCAGGGGGUGAACACUAG